CGCAGGGCCGAGACGGAGCGGCCCCCAAUGUGGUGGCGCGGGUGGCGCAGUGGGCCGACGACCACCUGGUCCUCGUUCGGAACAUCAGCACUGGAAUGGCCGUAGCUGGAAUAAUGUUACUUCUGAGAAGUGUUCGAGCGGCAUCAAAAUUCACAAGUUCUUCAGAUAUUCCAGUAGAAUUUAUAAAAAGGAAUGUUAAACUACGUGGACGAUUACGUCGAAUAACCGAAAAUGGUUUAGAAAUUGAACAUGUUCCUAUUACUUUACCUAUUAUAUCUUCUUGGAAAAAGGAGCCACGUGGUGCCUUGCUGGUUAAGCUGGCUGGAGUAGAACUCACGCUCGCUGGGAGGGUUUGGUUGCAGAGAGAGCUGAAGCCGUCCCAACUACUGUGGUUCCAGCUUCUUGGAAGGGAGAACUCAGCACUCUUUUGCUACCUGUUAGUGAAGAAGGGUGGAUAUUUUAAUGUGAGCCUGAAUGAAGAAAUUUUGAGAAGAGGCCUUGGUAAAACCGUUCUUGUUAAAGACCUAGAUUAUGAUUCUAAAAUCUACUGGACAAUUCACAGAAACUUGCUUAAAGCAGAAUUAACAGCCUUAAAAAAAGGAGAAGGAAUAUGGAAGGAAGAAUCUGAAAAAGAAAGUUAUUUGGAAAAACUCAAAGGUUCCUGGAGAGAAAUAUGGAAAAAAGACAGUUAUUUUAAAGAAAUUGGAUCAAAUUUCAACUUGAAAAAAGAAAGUUAUUAUGACAAACUUAGAAGGACUUACAAGACCUGGAAAGAAAACGUGAAUAACUACACCUUAAUACUGAAGUUCAGAGAACUUUUGAGUCGUGUGUACUUUCGUAGAAAAGAGUGAAAUAUUUUAAGCCUGGAGGUGACUUACUUUAAAAAGAGCAGAAUUUGUAAAUAUGUGGAUAUUUUUCAUGGAGUUGGAAUAGAAAUUUCCCCAAAUGAUCAAAGUAGUAGCAGCCAGUGUAAAAUCACCACAUAGUUAAUAGUAAAGCAAAGAGAAAGGUUUUAUUUGGCACAUGUUCCAUGAGGCAAAAGUGGGAAAUGGACGAGCAUGCUGCCGGAGCCACGUCUGUCCGCUUCCAGAGAAGGUUACAGAGUCUUCAGUAUACAUCAACAUUACAAAUGGGUAAAAUCAUUAAAAGCUUCAGGCUUUCACAGAUUGGCUUAAAAACUGCCAAAUCACUGUGAUUCUACGUUUUGAAUUGUCUUUCUGAAUGAUCAUUGGUCCAGGUUUUAGUGCUGAUAGCCAGAGUCUUCAGUGGUGCAGCAACUCCUACUACUUACUAAAUGCUGAUAGGAAAAGAUAAGAGUAGGAAACGUGGGUCUUUUAUGCUCCAUUUUAAAGAUUGGUUUAUGCACCAGGUUCCCUAAAAGCUGUUUUCCAAGAUUGUCCCAACUGAGGUGUCCUUGUGAGUCCUUGUUGUUCCAGCAGGGUCACAUUCUUUAUACUCAAGGACCAGGCAGUAAUGGCCCCAGUUUUAACUCCCAAGUCAGUAGUCUAACAGUGUUUAAAUAUUACCAAGGUGAUUAGUAUAAACGACAUAUCAGAAUUAAAUUGUGAUUCAUGUAAAUUUUAUAUGCAUUUAAGAAAAAUAAAAACUGCCAGUUGAAGGUUCCAGUACGGAGUGUAAAUGUUUGCAGAGCUUAACUGCUGUGGUAUUUGUGUCAUUUUGGGCAGCCGUAUUUAAUUUUUGUUGAAAGAGAAUUUUUAGUUUCCCAGUUCUAUCAACUUUAUAAUAAAGGGACUCUUUAUUCUUCAUGUUUGAGACUACGUCUUCUCUCCCAACUACUUCCUAUCUGCUGGUGAUUUGGGGACUGUGUUACAGAAGGUCACUUAGACCCUUACUAGUAAUAAAGAAUGGCUGAUUUCUACCUGUUGUUACCAAAAAGAAAAAGCAACGGGGGACACGGAAAUGUUUGUGUAGUAUGAAGUUACUGACUCCACUAUCACUGCAGGUUUACAUGUAUACAUACGAUUGUAAUUUUUUUGUAUAUGGAAGAAAAAUAAAUAAUGUAUUUUUAGUUUAUUCUUAAAAAUAAGAUCAUUGAAGUAUAGCUUGUUUUAGGAAUCUUUGGAUUAGUGGGAAAUACUUAUUUUUUAAAAAAUUCUUCUUUUACGUAAUCCUGUCACAUAAAUAGACAUUGAGCAGUUUGUUAACUGAGUGAAUGAAGCCUCUGAUUUGUUUUUGUUUUCCAAUUGUUUGCUUCUAUUAUAUAAGAAUACAAUUUGGUAAAUUCACUUACUAGUUCUGUUGAUUGUUUUGGAGGUUCCUUGAGAUUGUAGACAGUCAUAUCAGAAAAUACGGGCAGUUUUACGUCUUUCUGAUCUUCGUGCUUUUUUUUUUUUCCUUGCCGUGUGCAGUCCAGUAUAAUGUAGAGCAAGCAGAUGUAAUGAAAGUAAGUAUCUAGCCUUGGUCCCUUGGGGAAAAUGUUCAGUAUUUCAUCAUCAAGUGUGAUGUUAACUCUGAAUAUGUCC